GGCUGGGAGACACAGGCAGGGGCGGACUGAGAACUCAUGGGGCCCUUGGGCAAUAGGGGAUCAUGGGGCCCCUCCAGGGGCGGACUGACAACUCAUGGGGCCCCCAGGCAAUAGGGGAUCAUGGGGCCCCUGUGUCUUUGCCCAAACUCAAAAAAGCCUAUGAAAAAGGUACUAGGGGCAUCUCAUGGGGCCCCCUACUGACCCCGGGCCCUCGGGCAGUGCACGAGUUUCCAAAUUGUGAGUCCGCCCCUGUAUCCAGCGACUCCAAACACUUAUGUCUA